AUGCGAGCGGUUUUAGGCACCGAGCCGUCUGAGACGUCCCUCGUCAGAGCACUUUAUCUGGCGCGAGGCGACGUCGCCAAGGCGAUUAAUUACCACUUAGACCUAGUUCAUGUUGAAAGGUUCACGCUCGAGCAGUUGGCUUCGUCGCGUCAUCCGCUUCCUCUCGCCUCCCCUCCGGCGAAAGCGCGCGGAGAUCUUUUAGCCCUUCCGCCACCCCAUCCACCCCCCGCUUCCGCCACCUCUCCGCCCGCCUCCCCGCGUCCCCCUUAUGUAGCCGCUGCUUCUGUUGCAGAGAAUACGGUCGGAGAGAAUAAUGCGCCGGAGGAUGCGGGAGCGGAAAUCGGGAAAGCCGCGAUGCCGGAAUCGGGCACGGAGCGCACAGCCGUUGAUCCUGCGGAGUGCUUAGGAGACUCCGCGCCUUUUGAGGUAGAGGCGACUCGUCGGACGGGCGCUCUCACUGGCGGAGACUGCGCACCACAUUCUCCGUGCGAAGCGCCGUCGUCACCAAAUGCUGACGCCUCACCGCCCGCAGCGUUGAGCCUUUCCCCUGACAGCAUCCGCGAGCCCGCGCGUUCCGAGGGGGAGAACCAUUUUGCUCAGGGGAACGGUGAGAUAGGCGCAGCAUCAUCGGUGGGCGCACCUUGCGACGCAGUUUCCCCCGUCAUUGCGCCAACCGAUGGCGCAGUUCCCCCCACGUCGAUCAUUUCCCCAGACAGCAUUGUUGAGCCCGUAUGUCUCGGCGCAGAUCGUGGCUCUGAGCGGGACGGUGAGAUCAGCGGAGAAUGCGCACUGCGCUCGCCUUGCGCUGCAGUUUCCCCGCCGCCAGCUGACUCCGCCGCGCCAGACUCGAUGGAUGCGCCUGAUUCAGUGCCGCCCCUGGAACCGUACGACCCCGUGGAGUUUCACUUCCCAAAAAUCGAGGCGAGGGGCAAUGGCGAGGGGGGCGGACGCGUUGGCGGAAAGGAGGGCGGAAAAGAAAGCGGAAGGGGGCGGGGAAGACCGCCCAAGUGGGCAAGCAAGGGGAAAUGGAGCAAGACUUCUGCUGGGAGCUCCAUUGUCCGCUUUGGAACCACCAGAGGAGGGGAGGUAUGCCACUCUCCCUUCCACUUCUUUGUCGGUUUUCUUCACUCGCUCCUCCUCUCCUUCUCUCCCUCUCACCGCCUCUCCGUCUCUCCCUCGCUCCCUCUCCCUCUCACCGCCUCUCCCUCUCUCCCUCGCUCCCUUUCACUGCCUCUCGCUCUCUCCCUCUCCCCAUCUCACCGCCUCUCCCCCCCCCUCCCUCCUAUCCCUCCCCUCCUCUCCCCCCACUUACCCCAUCCCCUUCUUUUUUCGCACGCUGCCAGGGUGUACGUGCAGCAGUGCUGCUUUCAGAAGCUCACCCGGGUGAAGGAGCGGGUGGCAGAUGCGCUGUACGUCAGCACAGCCGCGCACAUCACCAUGCUGCUGCGCUUCCUGAACCUGCGACCGACCCGCCCGGCGGACUUCACACCAGCAGACUUCAAUCGACAUACGGAGAACCUGGGCUUUGGCUCUGGCUGUACUGAUCGGGCAGCGUCUAAGAGGGUGCGGGCGACUGUUGCAGGGGGUGAGAGUAGCGAGGAGGGGGAGGGAGAGGCAAAGUCGAUGACAGAUGAGGAGGUGAACCGAUACGUGGGUGUCACCACCAACAACCAAGCUCUGCCGGUGAGUUGGGUUGGGACUCCUUUCACCUCACUGCCUGGAAAUGGAGCCUCCCCCGGGUGUGACCUCGCAGCUGCGGUGCUACCAGAAGCAGGCGCUGCACUGGAUGCUCUCCAUGGAAACCACGGGGCAGACCUCCCUCCUUUCCACCUUUCCCCCUCCCAACCCCUUCCAUCGUCCAUUCCCCCUCCCUCUUCCUACUUUGAUUCUCUUCCCACCCGCCUCUCUCGUUUCUUUGACUCUGCUUCUUGGACCAUCUCAGUGGUGGCACGCCAUUCUACCACAACGUUUUCUCAGGGGAAGUUACCCUGGAGUUUCCAAGCGCAAUGGAGAGAAGCAGAGGAGGGGCGGAGCGCGGAGUGUGAGGCGCACACAGCACCGGGUGUGCUGUCAGUGAUGGUCUACUAUGGCUCUCAGCGGCAGGAUGAGGCUCGCCUGCUGGCACAACACGAUGUGGUGAUCACCACCUACGGCACGCUGCAGGCAGAGUACAAGCGCUUCAACCAGCUCCAGCACACGGCAGAGGGCAGUGUGGCGACACAAGCAUCAGCAGCAGGAGCAGCACGAGCAGCAGGGGCGGUGCGGCAGGGGCCGCUGCACAGUGUGCAGUGGUGCAGAGCGGUGCUGGACGAGGCUCACUGCAUCAAGAACCGCGCCUCUGGUGCUGCUGCUGCCACCUUUGCGCUCCAAGCUGAUUCCCGCUGGUGCCUCACUGGCACGCCCAUCCAGAACCAACUGGAGGACGUGUACAGUCUGCUGCGCUUCCUGCGGGUGCAGCCGUGGGACAACUGGGGGUGGUGGCAGCGCCUGGUGCAGCAGCCGUACGAGCGAGGCGACAUGCGCAGCUUCAAACUGCUGCAGGGGCUGCUCAAACCACUCAUGCUUCGACGAACCAAGGAUUCGAAAGACAGGUACAUUGAGACGCCUUAA